AUGGACCGAUUAUUCACUACGAGGUGUCCCGCAACUUACAAUUUUGAGCAGGCAUCCUACUCUACAAAUGAAGGAGAUGGCCCUAUUGAUAUCACCAUUAUACGCACUGGAGCUUCGGCUUUGGAAAGUACUCUUGUUGACGUUGUUACCUCCGAUGGGACUGCUGUUGCAGGAAUGGAUUAUUCAUCUCAGACUGCCACUCUAAACUUCACAGAUACAAAUAUCACAGUAUUCACGGUCACAAUAAUUGAUGAUGACAGCGCGCAGGACACGCAUUGUUUCACCUUGUCUUUGAUGAAUCCAGAUCCAAGCGAUGGACAAGUUGGUGCUGAUACAGAAAUCUGCAUCAUUGAUGAUGAAGAUCCAUGUGCUUGCGCUGGUAAUUGUCCACUCGUACCAUGUUCAAAUGGAGGUAUGUGUAUGGAUGCUGGUCGUGGAAUGUACAACUGUACUUGUGCGUUUGGAUGGAAAGGAUCUACCUGUGCCGAUGAAGCCACGGUAUACAAUUUUGAGCAGGCAUCCUACUCUACAAAUGAAGGAGAUGGCCCUAUUGGUAUCACCAUUAUACGUACUGGAGGUUCGGCUUUGGAAAGUACUCUUGUUGACGUUGUUACCUCCGAUGGGACUGCUGUUGCAGGAACGGAUUAUUUAUCGCAGACUGCCACUCUAAACUUCACAGAUACAAAUAUCACGGUAAUCACGGUCACAAUAAUUGAUGAUGGCAACGCGCAGGACACGCAUUGUUUCACCUUGUCUUUGAUGAAUCCAGAUCCAAGCGAUGGACAAGUUGGUGCUGAUACAGAAAUCUGCAUCAUUGACAAUGAAGAUCCAUGUGCUUGCUCUGGUAAUUGUCCAAUCGUACCAUGUUCAAAUGGAGGUAUGUGUAUGGAUGCUGGUCAUGGAAUGUACAACUGUACUUGUGCGUUUGGAUGGAAAGGAUCUUCCUGUGCCGAUGAAGCCACGGUAUACAAUUUUGAGCAGGCAUCCUACUCUACAAAUGAAGGAGAUGGCCCUAUUGGUAUCACCAUUAUACGUACUGGAGGUUCGGCUUUGGAAAGUACUCUUGUUGACGUUGUUACCUCUGAUGGGACUGCUGUUGCAGGAACGGAUUAUCUAUCGCAGACUGCCAAUCUAAACUUCACAGAUACAAAUAUCACAGUAAUCACGGUCACAAUAAUUGAUGAUGGCAACGCGCAGGACACGCAUUGUUUCACCUUGUCUUUGAUGAAUCCAGAUCCAAGCGAUGGACAAGUUGGUGCUGAUACAGAAAUCUGCAUCAUUGAUGAUGAAGAUCCAUGUGCUUGCUCUGGUAAUUGUCCACUCGUACCAUGUUCAAAUGGAGGUAUGUGUAUGGAUGCUGGUCGUGGAAUGUACAACUGUACUUGUGCGUUUGGAUGGAAAGGAUCUACCUGUGCCGAUGAAGCCACGGUAUACAAUUUUGAGCAGGCAUCCUACUCUACAAAUGAAGGAGAUGGCCCUAUUGAUAUCACCAUUAUACGCACUGGAGCUUCGGCUUUGGAAAGUACUCUUGUUGACGUUGUUACCUCCGAUGGGACUGCUGUUGCAGGAAUGGAUUAUUCAUCUCAGACUGCCACUCUAAACUUCACAGAUACAAAUAUCACAGUAUUCACGGUCACAAUAAUUGAUGAUGACAGCGCGCAGGACACGCAUUGUUUCACCUUGUCUUUGAUGAAUCCAGAUCCAAGCGAUGGACAAGUUGGUGCUGAUACAGAAAUCUGCAUCAUUGAUGAUGAAGAUGUAGUCAAGCCUGUCUUUGACCCAUGCCCUCCUGUACUCCAAGCAAGCUACCCAACUGACUUGAACCUCCCAACAGCCGUCGUCAGUUGGACUCCACCAAAUGUAACCGAUAACAGUGGGGGAACUGUCACGGUCGAUGCCAGUCAUAUGCCAGGGGAGGCAUUCGACAUUGGAGUAACAAGAAUCAUGAUGAAUGCAACUGAUGAAAGUGGCAACAUGGAAUCAUGCGUGUUCAAUGUCACUGUUGUUGACGACCAGCAACCCAAUGUGACCUGCCCUACUAGCCUCACACUCUACACUAAUCCACAAUCCAACGUUAGCACUGGUGGCUGGUCUCUGCCUGAUGAUGCAUUUGAUAAUUCUGGUGUCUUCACUGCGACAUCUUCACUGGAUCCUACAGAGCCACUGGGUGUUUCUAAUCACCACGUCUCCUACACUGUUGUGGAUGCAGCCGGCAAUGACAUUAAUUGUGGUUUCUACAUUACUGUGCUUGACAACCAGGAUCCCUACUUUGAGCCAUGCCCAGCUUCGUUCACAGUUCAAACUGACCCACAGCAGAACACCGCUAAUGUGUCAUGGCCGCCUGUCAUUCCGAUGGACUUCGUUGCAGUUCAGGAGUAUAACUCCAACUACCAGCCUGGGCACUUAUUUCCAAUUGGUGACACAGACGUUGAGUACAACGUGACCGACACGUCAGGGAAUAAAGGUUCCUGCUUUUUUGUGGUGACAGUUGAAGACAUGGAGCCUCCUGCUAUUACUUGUCCCAGUGCAGCCAUUGUUACUGACACAGACCCUCAACGGAGUGUCGCUAAUGUGACAUUUGUCACGACUGCUGCUGACAAUAGUGGGGAGUGGACAGUGUCAUGCACCCCAGCCUCGGCAACCAACUUCCAAGUUGGAGUGCAGAAUGUCAUGUGUAUCGCCACUGAUCCCUCGGACAACACCGAAACCUGCUCAUUUGCAGUCUUGGUAUCAGACAAUGAAGAUCCGGUCUUCGAUACCUGUCCAUCUGAUAUCACACUCAAUGAACCACUGGAGAGUUUCGUAAACUUCACUAUCAUGGUCAACUGGACACGACCCGGGGUGACCGACAACGUUGGCGUGGUUCGAUUGGAUGUAACUCAUGAACCAGGCAGUGUCUUUGGCAUUGACAGUCACCUGGUUAUGUACACAGCCUACGAUGCUGCUGAUAAUAUGGCUACUUGUCAGUUCAACGUCAUUGUGAAUGACGUGCAGCCGCCAGUUAUUACCGGCUGUCCCGUGAACCUUCCUAGGUUCCCGACGGACCCCACUCGGGAUACAGCCAGAGCAUUCUGGGAUGAACCUCAAGCUUCAGACAACUCGGGCAGCGUAACUCGGACCUCUAACUAUGAUGUUGGUGAUGCGUUCCCUGUCGGAGAUACCGUGGUGGUGUACACGGCAGAGGAUGGCAGUGGUAACGCCGUCAACUGCAGCUUUGUUGUCCAGGUCUAUGAUAAUGAGCCUCCUACAUUUACUGGCUGCCCCUUCCAAGGAGUCACCAGUGACACAGGUCUGCAGAGCGAUCGUGGAGUAGCUUCGUGGUCAGAACCACAAGGCACAGAUAACGUGGCGGUAGCCAGUGUACAGUCAGACUACCGGCCAGGAGAUAGCUUCCCAUUGGGUGCAACUGUCGUCACAUACAAUGUGACUGAUACCGCAGGAUUGGUCGCCGAAUGUGCAUUUACGAUUACCAUUUCGGAUGGUGAGAAUCCCAGCUUGACCAACUGCCCAGCGAGUUUCACUCUAACGGUGGAGUUAGCCACAGACACAGCCGUUGCAGAUUGGACCCCGCCGACUGCCUCGGACAACUCCGGCACAGUGACCCUGUCUACGACCUUUGAACCCGGCCAGUCACUUUUGCCUGGUGAAUACAGCGUGACGUACACCGCCACCGAUCCGGCAGGCCGGACAGCAACAUGUCCUGUCUUCACUAUCACUGUGGAACCAAAUCACAAUGAAUGUUCUCUGCCAGAAGUCAUGGGGGAAUGUUCAUCUCGAGGAUUGACUUGUGUCAAUCAGCUGGAAGGUUACACAUGCGACUGUCCCACCGGCUUUUUCAAGGCUGGAAACUCAGAUAACUGCCUGCAAGGAAGAAUGUUUCGUUUUACUUUCGUCAUUGUGGAGAUCAGCAACAGCCCAGCUGUAUUCACAAACGAGCUCACUAAUCCCACCUCAGUUGCGUUUCUUUCACAUCAGAGACGCCUUGAGAACUUGUUCAGUAUUGCCUUCGGCAAUCUAUCCGAGUUCGGCCGCAUCAUUGUCUUGUACUUCUUCAGUGGUAGCAUAGGUGUGGAAGCAUUGAUUUCAGUCAACGGGAACUCCACGGCCAACCAAACGGAGGUGGAAAAUUCCAUUGAUGCCGCAAUCUCAGCAGAUAAUUUAUUCUUAAAUUCAGAAUAUAAGCUGAACCCCAGCGCCACUACCUUUUUGGAAGAAGUUUGCCCGGACGGGUUCUGUGACAAUGGAGGAACAUGCCAACCCAAUGCUUCCAGCUACCUCAGCUCCUGCGUGUGUCCUGCAGGUUAUAGUGGGAACAGAUGUGAGACAGUGAACGAUGCCAGCCUCUCCACUGCAGUCAUUGUGGCCAUGAUUUUGGGCAUUACGGGUCUCGUUAUUAUUGUCCCUACCGCUAUGAUUGUGUGUCUGACGAUGAUGAAAAGAGCAAUGCUGGCCAGGGGGAAUAUGCAACAGAGCGCCACCAUGCGCCCAUCUGAGCGGCGCAUGGCAAUGUACGAUGCCCCACACCCUAGGAUUUACCUGAACAAAGGCUUCAGACCGUCUCAGUCGGAAUUCAUCAUCCCUUACGUCGCCCGGUCGGAGGAGGCGGACAUUCCGCUUCGCGAGAUGAUGUCGAGAGACGAAAGCUUUUACUACUAAGCUGAGUUGUAAUGAUUAUCAUUGGCCUGAACUGAGGAAAAAUCAUCGUAACUUUCUUAAAUAUAGAUACAGUUGACUAGUUGUAGGUGCCGUUAGCGACAGUGUGUGGGAUUUUUUCGCUCGUUUUUUUUCCCCAAUGGCAGUGUGACAUCAUUUCUGCCCUCAACUCUUAUUUGAUAGAUGUAGUUUAACAUUUGACCAAGCUGCAACGGCAAGUGCAAACUAAAUAUUCCUUCUUUGCUCUGGACAGUACUGUAUCAACAUGCUUUGCCGCUUCGUGAACCCCAAAUGUUUUGGAAGAGAAUAAGGUCGGAUCGGAAACACUUGGCCUACGGUCGGAUAUAACACACGAGUCCACGGGAAGUGGUUGCAGCCGCUAGCAAGUGGCUGCCAUGGGUGCGCGUUAUUCCCGGCCGUAGCCAAGUGAUUCGAUACGGCCUAAGCAAGCACCAGCGCCCUUACAAGCGAUCAAUGUUUUGUUUUGUUUUUGACAUGUAUGGUUUUUUUGCUUUUUAAAUUCUAAUAGAACUACGUACCAAGUCAUAUUUAAAUACAUUAAUUUUAUGUAGUGGUAUUGCCAUCAACUGUUAUAUUAAUGAAUACUGCCUACUUGUAUUGAAGGGACCAUGAAAUUUUGGACACCCUCUAAACAUGUAAUAAUGCGGUCUCAUAGUCCAUGUAUAGUGUUUAAUACCUGCAGAAACAUCCCUGGUACAGUCAAAAUGGACAGAGGGCUAGCUGUGGUGGCUAUAUGGUUGCAGGCCAGUAAAUAGGUCCAAAAUUGCCUACGUCGGCCAAAUCACGAUGUACA